UCCCGGGUUUUUUCCACUGCGAGUCAACGGUGUCGCAGCGAAGAGCCUUUCUUUCACUUCCUUUCACCUGAUUAACUUGUUUUAGAAACACUUUAACCUCCGUUUCUUCCCUUACAUUUAAACUUUUACAACUUUAUACCGUAUGAACGCAAUAUAAUCCCGGAGUAGAUACGGUAAGGGUUCCAUUCUACUAUGGAUGAGGAGAGAGAGGAGGGGGGUCCUACCUCUAAGACCACUCUGUCUGGGGAACAUGGCCGCCGGAGCGAAGCUAAGAGCCCAGAGCAGCAGCAGAGAGCAGACUCCCCUGGACCCAGCUGUGUCUCCAUGAUGAGUGACCGCUCUAUGGAUCAUCCUUUUAACUUUAAAGAUGGAAUUCAGUCUAUUGACAAAAGAGUCCAGCAGCAGAGAGCAGACUCCCCUGGACCCAGCUGUGUCUCCAUGAAGAGUGACCACUCUAUGGAUCAUCCUGUUGCCUUUAAAGAUGGAAAUCAGUCUAUUGAGAAGAGACACCAGGAGAGGUCAAAGGUCACCAGUGCUCAGUCUGUACAGCGGCAUCAAACAGAGCUGGAGAUGAACCAAGAGGAACUGGCUGACACACUGGGGGGCGGAUCUGAUGCUGUCGAAUGCCAAAAUAAAAUGAAGUCUCAUUUGAAGAAGAGGUUCAGGUGUGUGUUUGAGGGAAUCGCUAAAGCAGGACAGCGAACAGAUCUGAACGACUUCUACACAGAGAUCUUCAUCACAGAGGGAGGCAGUGAAGAGGUCAACAAGGAACAUGAGGUCAGACUGAUUGAAACAGCUUCCAGGAAACCAGCCAAGGAAGAAACACCAAUCAGAUGUGAGGACAUCUUUAAACCCUUACCUGGACACGAUCAACCAAUAAGAACAAUGAUGACAACUGGAGUGGCCGGCAUUGGUAAAACCGUCUUAACACACAAGUUCACUCUGGACUGGGCUGAGGGCAAAACCAACCAGGACAUACACUUCACAUUUCUCCUCACUUUCAGAGAGAUGAAUUUACUGAAAGGGAAAGAGUUUAGCUUGGUGGAACUUCUCCAUCACCUCUUUAUUGACACCAAAGAAGCAGGAAUCUGCAGAUUCGAGCGGUUCCAAGUUGUCUUCAUCUUGGAUGGUCUGGAUGAGUGUCGACUUCCUCUGGACUUCCAGAGAAACCCGAUCUGGACUGAUGUCACAAAGUCUACCUCGGUGGACGUGCUGCUGACCAACCUCAUCAGGGGCGACCAGCUUCCCUCCGCUCGCAUUUGGAUAACCACACGCCCUGCGGCAGCCAAUCAGAUCCCUGCUGAGUGUGUUGACAUGGUGACAGAGGUGAGAGGGUUCACCGACCCACAGAAGGAGGAGUACUUCAGGAAGAGAUUCAGAGAGGAGACGAUGGCCAGCACAAUCAUCUCCCACGUCAAGAAAUCACGAAGCCUCCACAUCAUGUGUCACAUCCCAGUCUUCUGUUGGAUCACUGCUUCAGUUCUGGAGGACUUCUUCAAAAAAUCCCAGAUCAAAGAGAUGCCCAAGACCGUGACUCAGAUGUACAGCCACUUCCUGAGGGUUCAGUCCAUACAGGGGGACAGGAAGUACCAUGGGAGGUCUGAAACAGAUCCAGACUGGAGCUCAGAGAGCAGGGAGAUCAUUGUUUCUCUAGGAAAACUUGCUUUUAACCAGCUAGAGAAAGGCAACCUGAUCUUCUACGAGGCAGAUAUGGCAGAGUGUGACAUCGAUAUCAGAGCAGCCUCAGUGUACUCAGGAGUGUUCACCCAGAUCUUUAAAGAGGAGUGUGGGCUGUACCAGGACAAGGUGUUCUGCUUUGUCCAUCUGAGCAUCCAGGAGUUUCUGGCUGCCCUUUAUGUCUUCUGGUCCUUUAUCAACACUGGGGUCAAUCUGCUCUCAGCCUCGAGGGAAGAUAAACUCCUCCUCUACCAGAGUGCUGUGGACAAGGCCUUACAGAGUGAGAACGGACACCUGGACUUGUUCCUCCGCUUCCUCCUGGGCCUCUCUCUGGAGACCAAUCAGAUUGUCCUACGAGGUCUGCUGGGACAGAAAAAAAGAUCACUGACCACUCAGAUUAAAACAGGGCUGCUGCGACUGAAAGGAAGUAGCUCACAGACCAAUAAGGGAACAGUGUCUUACAUCAAGGAGAAGAUAAAAGGAGAUCUAUCUCCAGAGAGAAGCAUCAAUCUGUUCCACUGUCUGAAUGAGCUGAACGACCGUUCUCUAGUGGAGGAGAUCCAACAGACCCUGACAUCAGGAAGUCUCUCUGGAGAAUCUCUCUCCCCUGCUCAGUGGUCAGCUCUGGUCUUCAUCCUACUGACAUCAGAAGAGGAGCUGGACGUGUUUGAUCUGAAGAAAUACUCUGCUUCAGAAGAUGGUCUUCUGAGGCUGCUGCCAGUGGUCAAAGCCUCCAAAACAUCUCUGCUGCAGGGCUGCCAUCUGUCAGAGAGAUGCUGUGAAGCUCUGGCCUCAGUUCUCAGCUCCAACUCCUCUAGUCUGAGAGAGCUGGACCUGAGUACCAAUGAUCUGCAGGAUUCAGGAGUGAAGCUGCUCUCUGCUGGACUGGGGAGUCCACACUGUACACUGGAAACUCUCAGGCUGAAUACCUGCCAUUUGUCAGAGAGAUGCUGUGAAGCUCUGGCCUCAGUUCUCAGCUCCAACUCCUCUAGUCUGAGAGAGCUGGACAUGAGUACCAAUGAUCUGCAGAAUUCAGGAGUGAAGCUGCUCUCUGCUGGACUGGGGAGUCCACACUGUACACUGGAAAAUCUCAGGCUGAAUGGCUGCCAUCUGUCAGAGAGAUGCUGUGAAGCUCUGGCCUCAGUUCUCAGCUCCAACUCCUCUAGUCUGAGAGAGCUGGACCUGAGUACCAAUGAUCUGAAGGAUUCAGGAGUGAAGCUGCUCUCUGCUGGACUGGGGAGUCCACACUGUACACUGGAAACUCUCAGGCUGAAUGGCUGCCAUCUGUCAGAGAGAUGCUGUGAAGCUCUGGCCUCAGUUCUCAGCUCCAACUCCUCUAGUCUGAGAGAGCUGGACCUGAGUACCAAUCAUCUGAAGGAUUCAGGAGUGAAGCUGCUCUCUGCUGGACUGGGGAGUCCACACUGUACACUGGAAACUCUCAGGCUGAAUGGCUGCCAUCUGUCAGAGAGAUGCUGUGAAGCUCUGGCCUCAGUUCUCAGCUCCAACUCCUCUAGUCUGAGAGAGCUGGACCUGAGUAACAAUGAUCUGCAGGAUUCAGGAGUGAAGCUGCUCUCUGCUGGACUGGGGAGUCCACACUGUACACUGGAAACCCUCAGGCUGAAUGGCUGCCAUCUGUCAGAGAGAUGCUGUGAAGCUCUGGCCUCAGUUCUCAGCUCCAACUCCUCUAGUCUGAGAGAGCUGGACCUGAGAACCAAUGAUCUGCAGGAUUCAGGAGUGAAGCUGCUCUCUGCUGGACUGGGGAGUCCCCACUGUACACUGGAAACUCUCAGCUUGUCUGGCUGCCUGGUCACACAGGAAGGCUGUGCAUCUCUGGCCUCAGCUCUGAGCUCCAACCCCUCCCAUCUGAGAGAGCUGGACCUGAGCUACAAUCACCCAGGAGACUCUGGAGCUGCGCUGCUCUCUGCUGGACUGGAGGAUCCACGCUGGAGACUGGACACUCUCAGUGUGGAGCACGGUGGAGUGUGGAGGCUGAAACCAGCUCCACAGAGAUAUGCCUGUGACCUCACACUGGACCCCAACACGGCCCACAGACUCCUCUCUCUGUCUGAGGACAACAGGAAGGUGACGCGCGUUGGAGAGGGCCAGUCGUAUCCGGAUCACCCAGACAGAUUUGACUCCUGGGUCCAGGUGUUGGGUAGAGAGGCUCUGACUGGCCGCUGUUACUGGGAGGUAGAGAGGGAAGGACGGGUUGUUAUAGGAGUGACAUACAGAGGAAUCACAAGGAGAGGACGGGGUGAUGACAGCAAGCUUGGAGGGAACAACAAGUCCUGGGUUCUUCUUUGUACUGAUGGUGGUUACUCUGCCCGGUACAACGGUAGUUAUACAGACCUCCCUCUCCGCCCCGCUGGCUCCACCAGAGUAGGAGUGUAUCUGGACCGGCCUGCUGGCUCUCUGUCCUUCUACAGAGUGUCCCCAGGUGGAGGAGGGUCCUCAGACACACUGACACGCCUCCACACCUUCUGCUCCUCCUUCACCCAGGAGGACCUCCUCCCGGGGGUGGGGGUAUGGUCAGUGGGGUCCUCAGCGUCUCUGUGUCGGUUUUAGAAAAAAAAAACGGGCCCGGUGCCCCGGGGGUAAAAAAAGAAGUUGUAUGUGUAUGUAUGUGCGUUUGUGGUAUGUAUAUGUGUGUGUUUAUAUGUGUAUAUGAGGUGUUUGUAUGCCGCCCCGGCAUACAAACACCUCAUAUACACGUUCACACACACAUAAAAAAAACACAUACGCACACACACAUUCUCUCUCUCUCUCUCUCUCUCUCUCUCUCUCUCUCUCUCUCUCUCUCUCUCUCUCUCUCUCUCUCUCUCUCUCUCUGUCUCUGUCUCUGUCUCUGUCUCGCUCUCGCUCUCUCUCUCUCUUCUUUAAAGUAUAGCAUGAUAAACCAUGAAAAUACUUUUAAGAUCUCCCAUAGUUAGAUAAGCACAUUUAUUAUUGUAAUUGUAUAUAAAAUACCUAUUGAAGGUUAAUCUUUGUAUAAUUUCAGACUUCACCAGUUUUGGUCAUCAGGACUCUGAUAUCAUCAUUUUUGUCAUAAUCCUGAUUUACGACCUGAUUUAAAGCAGAUUUUAUAUUUUAAUCAUAAUAACCAAGAGGUCUGUGGGAUAAUGUUGCAUGUUGUAAAUGACUUUAAACGGAUUCUUGAUUUUUCGUGUUCUGUUGGGAACCAAGCGGCCGCAGAACAUGUUCAGUUAUUAAAGAUACGUGCUCACCUGUUGAUGAUUUGUAAAGUCUGCUGCUUCUAUUGUUUUAGUCCUCGUGUUUAUUGUGUACAUGGAAGGGACUAUUUUUCUGUCUUAUUUGUUAAUGAAGCAUAAUUGCAAUAAACAACUCGGUGGAUCCAACUGAAUGUUCUCGUGUGUUCAGCCGAUGAUUUCUCGUUUUAUUAGUGAAUAACAAGUCCAUAAGUGC